CUCUCAUCGAAAUUUGUAGAGGCGAGUCUGUGAUCCAGGUGCGCCGUACCGAGCAAUGGUCUUAGUGAGGGCAGUCAUCAGGAUGGUGAUAAAAACGUCCGGCUGCACCUGCCAGUCUGCCUCUCCAACGUUCCCCAAAUCCUGCCGAUAUCAUUGUUUAGGAUCCAACAACAACGGUCCACGGAAACGCUGAUGCUAUUGAGAAGAUCUGUUACUGCCUUGAGCAUGCUUGACGUUUCUGGUCAAGUUGAAUGUGGACAGGGAUCUCCUUUUUUGGCGAUAUAGCUGGUUUGGCCCAGAAGCGGUCACGAUCAAUUGCGCCAAAAUGGUCGUCUAUUCAUUCUACAUCUUCGACCGCCAUGCUGAGUGCAUCUACAAGAGGCGCUGGCUGCCUCCCCUAAUGUCAUCUACUGGCAAGACAUCCAGGCCAUCUUCCCAAUCCUAUGUGAACGGCGGUCUCCAAGCGCGCUCUGGUUUGAGUGCAGAAGAUGAUGCUAAGCUCAUCUUCGGCACCGUCUUCUCGCUGCGGAAUAUGGUGCGAAAGCUGGGAGGCGAAGAUGACAGUUUCCUUUCCUACCGUACAUCGCAGUACAAGCUCCAUUACUACGAAACCCCGACCAAUACCAAAUUUGUCAUGCUCACAGACACAAAGUCUGGGUCGAUGCGGAUUGCGUUGCAGCAGAUAUAUGUAAAUUGUUAUGUUGAAUAUGUGGUGAAGAAUCCCUUGUCUCCAGUCGAGCACCCUGGAGGUAUCGGCGUCGACAACGAGCUGUUUGAGGCAAGUCUGGAACAAUUUGUGGACCGCGUGCUAAAUGCAGCGUAAGAGUUGCGACUUGAGCAGACAACCUAUGCUUGAGAUUCUCCUCCCGACGAGGCGUGAUGGAUUUACAUCCGACGUAUACUUCGGCUCAACAACCAUCCGGGUUUGGAAUUAACGACACCUUUCAACCUGAUGGCACACUACAGCAGCCAUUUGCUCGGUCGUAAUCGAGUUGAUACAAUAGGCCUUUGCCAACCGCACGCCAGGUCCAGAUGAAAGCAGCACAAUCAUGCGUCACACCACUGUUUGCCAGUGGGGCCAUCCUAUACAUAUGGGCCCCAGAGAUUGGUCAUCCUGUCAAGUCCCAGACCUCAUACACGGAUCAAUUCGAGGUCGGACUCACCUAGCUGAUUUCCCAAAACAGGGUCAGGCCUUGAAAAGCCCAACGGUCUUGGUGGGUUCCUGAAAAUGGGGACUCCUGACGCUGUGGCACAACAAUCUUUUCCCGGUGUGGAUGACAGCCUUCGAGGUACGAAAGCUGGAGCGGCGACAAGGAACGCGAGACCUUGUCGGGGUGAUUGCAAUUGUCGAGACAGUUGGCGAGCACCAAUGUAAAGACAGAAGCCCGUGUCUGUGACAUGAUUGGAAAGAUUUUCAAAUCCUUGGUGUCGAGCUAAGGAAGGCUCUGCAUCGUGGCUUUGACGAAUGAUAAAAUUCCGCAUAGACAAAGCGUCCAAAAAAUGUAGAGAUGAUGACCAGUGAGGAUGGGAGUUGAAUGUACGCAACCGAGG